UCCCCUGUCUCGCUUUCUCCAGCCCCGGAGACGUUCACCUUAACUGUCCCUGAUGGUCCAACCUCGACCCUGUCUGGCUCCUCGGUCUCUCUACUCUGUGAAGUCUCACCUCUCUUCAAUGCAGAGCCAUUGGAGGUGGGCUGGUACCGUUCCAGUAACCUCCACAGUCCUGCCUUGUUGUACAAAGAUCACAAGAUCCAGGAGGCCCCUGUGGACCCCCAGUAUAGGGGCAGGGUGUCUCUAACUGGGGGGCUGGAGAGAGUGAAUGUGUCCCUGAGACUGGAGAGGGUCACACAGGAAGACAGGGGGGAGUAUAUAUGCCAAGUCACCAGUGACCAGUGGUAUGAAAAGGCCAGUGUCUUCCUCACAGUGAAUGGUAAGGGUUAUCUCUCAAAUUGAUGGUGAAACUGUGUAUUGUGGUGUCACCCCCAAAGCACCUGAUCCUAGAUCAGCACUCCUACUCUGAGACACGUUAUGGAGUCUUUGGUACCACAGAGUAAAAACAAAAAGGCAGUUACAUUUGCCACCUCUCAGUUUACAAUUGCAUUAGGGGUACAGCCAACUACAAACUUCAGCUGACUUUAGCCUUAUAUAGCCCCGCACCAAAAAAAUAAAACAUCUCUGGAAGGGAUAGAGGCAUCCGUUUAAUGUAAACAAAAUGGGCAAACCACCUUUAAGUAACUUCAAACGAAAUAAUUGAAAGUUGAUUUGAGUUGUUUGGCCAUGACAUUUAGAAAAUGUCAUGGAUGCCCCUAUCACUCCUAUUGAAUGUUAGCUAGCGGUGGCUAUAGUUAGCUGAAGUUUGUCGUGGUCGUUUAAAAGAAAACCAAACCAUGGAAUACAGUUCUAUAUCGUGGAGCUCCGCCCCAUAGGGGAGCUCUGCUCCUAUUGGUUUACCCUGCUGCCUAGGCAACGAACAGCCUGAGACAAAAUGAUGCACACACCUGCAGCCAAUAGGAGUACAGGUGUCCCUAUAAGAGGGGAUGCUUCCCCUCAAUCAGCCUCCCUUUAUCUUCAGCGACUGGACUAGACUGAAGAAGCCGAUAAGAAGACAAGACUCAGGACGAGAAAGCCGUCGCCGAUUUCCAAGUCUCGACGUCGUCCUCUAAAUGAGCACACCAGGAGUUUUUCCACGCCCAAAAGCUCUUUUCAGAGCUCAAUGUCGCUGCUCCUCCAUGACAACUUAUGUUUUGUGUGCUUAGGAUCACAGCAUGCUUGGAGUGGCCUCAUAGAUCCCCCACUAUGCGCCAGCUGCGCCCUCCUUUCUUUAAAGGAGAGGAAGCAGCGAUGGUCAUUUUUUCGGGAGGAUAUCCCUCUAGAGGACGUGUUAUCGGUGCUAGCCUCAGCUUCUGAGGCAUCAUCUGAGGGCGCUGACUCAGGAGAUGACAGGAAUAUUGGGGAGGAAAUGGGUAUUCUAUUGGAACUAUCCAUUACUCUGACCCAGACGUUUAACACCCCUUUUUCCCUCAGGAAAGUGUGAGGUCAUUUACAUCCCUGGGUGAUGACGACACGGGCUCUGAAUUUUCAGCAGGCCCGUCCUACGCCACAGCCUCUCUGCGCUCUGAUUUUCCAGGGCUCAUUGAGAUGGCUGCUAAGCGGCUGGAGAUUAAGCUGCCCCCCAUUCCCUCCAACCCGGAAGUGGACAUGAUGGAGGGCGGCCCUUACUCUCGCUACUGCUCCGCGUCGUACCCGGCGUCAGACAGCGGCCUCCAGCAGCAAGGGAGCGGGCCCCGCCCCUCCUGCAGCGCAAGAGGUGCCGACCAUUCCGCCGGCGAGAGAGGUCAUUAAAGCGUCAUCCUGGCAUCACCCGAAGGGCGGCCAGAAGAGACGCCGUUUAUGACAUGGCGAGGGGGAGAGAACGGAAGACGGCGCAGCGCCUUGUGUGACUGUGCCCACUGUUCCCCCCCCCACCCUACUGGAGGAAACUGCGUGUUGUGUGUCUAAUAAAGAGUUGGCUCCAAUUGACUUUGUCACAAGACAGCCCCUUUUCCAUGAUACACCCGAAACCGUUCAGGUGCCUUUACUCUCUCUCUCUCUCUCUCCUCCUCACCACUCUGAGUGUAGCACAGCCCACUACGGGUGCGUAUUUGAGCAUACACAUGAGGCACGUGUGAAUAAGGGAACAAGGCAGACAUCUUUGAUGAGCCGCCUUGUUAUACCUCAUAAAAACCUUACACACAUAGACUCCUAGGAGUGUUGUGGUACAGGAUUCACAUAGUAGCCUGCGUACACAGCCAGUUACUGGAAUGAUGACGCAAUCGCUAUUGGGAGACGGCGCUCUGACUCAGGCGAGCGCCUCAGUCAGUGCAGUUCAGACCCGUGCUGCAUUCACGGAGGGCUGGGACAACGAGGUUACGAGUAUAACCAACGUGUCAGCGCCCCGGUUUCUCUCAGAUCCCGCUCAUGUUUCCUCUCCCUUUCAUGAGAGGCCCGCCUUGGGCUGUUCCACCACUUCACUGUCGGGGAACAGCGGCGGCGACGGCCGUAGAGGAAUACAGGUCCUUCCUACUGAAUGCACCACAGCUUCGCGCUCUUCCGCUUUCUCAGCAUUAUUGGGAGUGGCAGCGAAGCUGUACCCUCUCCCACUGGCAAGACCGGACGCUGGAGAAGGGUUAUGCCAUCCAAUUUCACCCGAUCCCUCCCCAUUCAGGGGGGUGGUGGAGAUGGUGAUGAAAACGCCGGGAAAGGUUGCCGCUCUCGUUACAGAGAUUACGGAACUUUUGGCGAAGGAGGCAGUCACAGUAGUUCCUCGGGAGCAAAGGAACAGGGGGCUAUAUUCGCCCUAAAGGAACGGGGGGAAUGAGGCCAAUAUUGGAUCUACGCGUUCUCAACGAGAGCGUAGCCAAACGGCCCUUUCGAAUGCGGACGACAAAACGUCUGCUGGAAUGUGUCCAGAGGAGAGACUUUUGUACGAGCAUAGACCUGAAGGACGCAUAUUUUCAUGUGCCGGUACCUCCGCGUCACAGGAAGUUUCUGCGUUUUCGCUUUUCAAGGGGCGGCGUACUAAUACAUGAGGAUGCCAUUCGGGUACGCCCUGGCACCUCACACGUUUUCCAAAUGUGUGGAGGCGGCAAUAGCACGGUUACGUCGUCAGGGGAUAAGGGUUUUAGCCUACCUAGACGACUUACUGGUUCUCGCCCCUUCAGCAGAGCUGGCGAUCACACACACGACACAGACAGUGAUUCAUCUCACGUGUCUGGGGUUCGCUGUGAAUUGGGAAAAAGAGCGCGCCCUGGCCCAGUCAUCAGAUUGUCUAUCUGGGGAUACAGCUAGACACUGUAACGAUGAGGGCUCGAAUUUCGGAUCCUCGACGGGCUGCCCUGUUGCUAGCCCUACCAAGGUUUUAUCUGAAUCACACGGUAAAGGCGCUUUCGGUCAUGUCACUCUUGGGUCUCAUGUCGUCAGCCCAUUCCGUGGUUCCACUGAGACUUAUGCCAGUAAAUGGAAUGUUUUUUCACAGUGUUGUGUCACAGAAAAUGUGGACUACGUGUGCUGUCAGGUCGAGAGCAUACGCUCAUUCCUACAGUUCCUAUGUGAUAAGCAGCGCUCACCCGCCACCAUGUAGGUGCUUGUGGCGCCGAUUUAGGCUUGUCAUGAGGGUUUGGCAGAGACACUGUUUUCAGCCACCCUCUUGUGAAACGUUUUCUAUUGGGAACGCGGCGGCUUAGGCCAAUGCCUAGAGCCACGCUUCCUCAGUGGGAUUUGAUUUUGGUACUCGAAGCGCUCUGCGAGCCACCGUUCGAGCCAUUGAAUCAAAUCCCCCUUAAGAUGUUAUCUUUGAAGAUGACACUGUUGCUCGCUUUGACCACUGCUUAACGUGUCAGUGAUUUGUACGCUCUUUCGACGAGACCCGACUGCCUUGCCAUUUAUGACGAUUGAGCAGGACGGUGUUAAGUCUUAACCCGGCAUUUAUGCCUGAGGUUAGUAAGAGCUCAUAUAGAUUACAGAUCGUAGAGCUGUGGGCCUUCUCUCCCUUUCACCAUGUUGAGAGGAGAGAGGAACGGCUCCAUCGCCUGUGCCCAGUGCGCGCCUUGGCGCGCUACGUGGAGCGCAACGCGGCGAUUAGGUCAUCGCCUCAGCUGUUUUGUGUGUCACGGUGCGGCUGCACUCGGUAGACCACUUUCUAAACAGCGUCUGUCUCAUUGGCUUUGUAAGGCAUUGAGACGGCUUAUGAGGCUGCAGGGCGGCCAUUGCCUCUGGGUAGAAGAGCCCAAUCCACUCGUGGAGUAGCGGCUUCUAUUACCUUUUUCAGAGGAACAGGUGUAGAGGAUAAUUGCGCAGCCGUGUCUUGAUUGUCACCGUCUCCUUUUAUCUAUUUCUACCUGUUAGAUAUGUCUUCUAACUCUCUGGUUCAGUCUGUACUCAGUGUAGCCGAUGGAAGGACUUGAACUAAGAGAAAAAAGAUGCAGGACCAGGGGGCAGGGUUCCCAUUAGGUCUGCUUUUUUUCUAUGAGAGAGCCAUGACUCCUGAUUGAGGUUAUCAGUACAGUAGAGGUAAUGUAUUGUGACCUGCUCACCAGUGCAUAACUGGGUUGGGGCGGAAUGAUGAGGGAAAUAGUGUUUGUAACUUUGUUUACAUUACUAUUAGACCGGUCAUAUAUAUUGACGGAAUUGUGACGUCAUCUAUCUGCAUGUUCAGAUUAGUAUGACUCAUGUUCUGGAGUCUACCCACUAAUCUUUGGGUUUCCAUAGAUUGAGUGUGGCGGAUUACCGAAUACACCGUGUAGAGUGACACUCUGUGUCAUUCCAUUAGUGAUCGGUUUUGUUUUGACAGGAUAUUGAGACGCCAUCUAUCUGCUAGUUCAGAUUAGUAUGGCUCAUGUUCUGGAUUCUACCCACCAAUCUUUGGGGAUCCAUAGAUUGAGUGUGGCGGAUUACCGAAUACACCGUGUAGAGUGACACUUUGUGUCAUUCCAUUAGUGGUCGGUUUUGUUUUAACAGGAUAUUGAGGUACCAUCUAUCUGCUGGUUCAGAUUAGUAUGGCUCAUAUUCUGGUUAUCUGCCCACUAGACAUUGGCCAUUGGACUAGGUGGGGCGGAUUUGUACAGAGGACACAGUAUUUUGUGACACAGUGUGUCACAGUACUGUGGGACUUGGUCGCAGCCAUUGCUAGGCCCGACCUUUUCAAGUGGGAAGUGUUGGGCUCGGCAGGGAGUACAUUUUGGAGCGUUGCGCUCCGCCUUAAACCAAUAGGAGCAGAGCUCCCCAAUGGGGCGGAGCUCCACGAUAUAGAACGAUAGUUACCGGAGUUGUAAUUCAAGUUCUAUGAGUGGAGCGGAGCCCCAUAGGACUUAAGGCCCUUCCGACCCUCCAGUCUGAAGAUAAUUUCUCUGGAGGCUUAUUGAGGGGAAGCGUCCCCUCUUAUAGGGACACCUGUACUCCUAUUGGCUGCAGGUGUGUGCAUAAUUUUGUCUCAGGCUGUUCGCUGCCUAGGCAGCGGGGUAAACCAAUAGGAGCAGAGCUCCCCUAUGGGGCUCCGCUCCACUCAUAGAACUGGAGUUACAACUCCGGUAGCUAUAGUUUCUUCUGGCCCAUAGACUACUUUCAGAGUCAGGAACCAUCUAACACUAAAUUGUAAAAUACAUAUCUUGUAUUCUUCCAAUUUAUUCUGUCAUUCUAUCUGUGUCUUAAUAGUUGUUGCUUGUCCCCCCUUAUCUGUCCAUCAGUGACAGGUAGUGAACCAGUUCUCUCUGUAGCUGAAGGACGAAGAGGAGGAAGUCAGGUGAACGUUACCUGUUCAUCAGAGGGAUGGUCACCACAACCUACACUCACCUGGAGAAACAAAGCGGGGACAGAGAUCAGAAAUGGACAAGAAGUACUCAACACUCCAGGUUAUUGCAGACACUAGUCUGGAUCAUUACUGCAACUAUCUACGGCUGUUUGUGUCUGUCUGUCUGUGAAUAAGUGUGUAUAUCCCCCCCAUGCUCUCUGUUUCAGAUCCUCAGGGCUUGGUGAGUGUGAGUAGUUGGCUGCUGUAUUCUCCCUCAGACUCCGAUUGGCUCUCCUGUACAGUCUCUCUGUCUGAGGAGGUGAAGAAGGAGAGUAGAAUCCUGCCCAGAGCUCCAACGGAGUGUGAGAAUCUCAGAAAUCUUAAUCAGUAUCUCAUCAUUUAAUAUCUUAGUCAACUUAACACAAUAAGUUAAAUAAACCCACAAACCAGUCAACAAAAAAAACUUGGACCUGUUGUGAAAUGGACCUUGGGCUUUCCUACACGGACACCUACCUGAAUAAAUUAAUUCUUAAAAGAUAGAGACUUGGUCUGAACGGACCCAAGGACAACCAGACCCGGUCUGAUCCAAUCUGAGGGAAGCAGCAAAAGAACUUAACUGGAGCUGUUAAAGCGCGAUGGAGAGAGAAACGGAGCCACUCUAGCAGGGGGAGGGGCUGUGUGCGUGUGCGUGUGCGUGUGCGUGUGCGUGUGCGUGUGCGUGUGCGUGUGUGUGUGUGUGUGUGUGUGUGUGUGUGUGUGUGUGUGUGUGUGUGUGUGUGUGUGUGUGUGUGUGUGUGUGUGUGUGUGUGUGUGUGUGUGUGUGUGUGUGUGUGUGUGUGUGAGUAAUGCGGGUCCAGGCAGGGAGAGAGAGAGAAAAACAGCAACCAAGCCGACUCGCACUAGUUAGACUAACUUCUAGCUGCCAUAGAUCUUGGUCAUUGUAGUCUAUCCUUCUCAUUUACCUUUUAAUUCCGUCAUUUUAAUUCCAUAUUCCAUUAAUUAGAUAUGAUCAACAGGUAACUGACACAAUAAAGAACACUUCAGUAAAUGAGGGAUACAAAGUAUAUUGAAAGCAGAUGCUUCCACAUGUGUGAUUCCUGAGUUAAUUAAUCCUUAAGAGUUGAUUGACGCAACAUAAUACAAAAAUACCAAUCAAAAUCCGUCUUUUUAAGAUAGAGAUCGUUUUUUUGUAUUGGCUGCGUCUCAAUCCACUACAUACGCAAAUGCAAUGGAAAGUGGUAAACUAAUAGUCUAUGGAAAGAUGAGACUCUCACAAACACGAUGUUGUUCUCCGUCUUGCUCUACGACUCCCACAAGCUCCACGGGACUCGUCUGAAGUCGGUAUCAUUGAAGUGCCAACUUCUGUGUGUCGCGUUCGAACCGUUUGGGCUACAAACUAAUAUGACCACUAUAUGGAAAGAUGAGGCUCUCACAAACACAAUGGUCUUCUCAGUUUGUACGACCCCCACAAGUGUCACGGGACUCAUCUGAAGGUAACCCGGUAGUGGUUUAAAAAAUGAAUGAAAGUAUGGAAGUAAUAACAUUUUCUCUUUGGGCCUGUGUUUGCAAUGUAUCCAAUUUUAGUUUGUGUGGUUGUUGGUUUAGCUUUCUGUAACUUUGUAGCCAGUACGGUCUGCAUGUGUAUGCGCUUGUUGCGUCAUGAUUGCAAGGUGUCCCAAUAUCUUUUCCAACUGUCCCGUUAUCUGGUUUUAAUGUCCAUUCUAGAAUGCCCUUCUAGCCAAUAAGAAACGGGUAUUCAACAAUGUUGCUUUCUUAUAUAUCCUAGAUAUAGUACAGACAUGUCAAAACCUUAUUCCUUAUGAUAAAUGUUUUUGACUGUCUGUUUUGCCAUUUAUGAAUGUGUUAUUCAAUGCAGUUCUAUGGAAGCAGGUAGCCUAGCGGUUAAGAGCGUUGAGCCAGUAACCGAAAGGUCGCUGGUUCAAAUCCCGAGCCGACAAGGUGAAAAAUCUGUUGAUGUGCCCUUGAGCAAGGCACUUAAACCUAAUUGCUCCCGUAAGUCGCUCUGGAUAAGAGCGUCUGCUAAAUGACUAAAAUGCAAAUGGACUAUAGUAGUAAAUGCCAAAUCCAAUAUUUUAUCAAAUCGUCUUUUUUUUCAUACCUAAAGGGUCUUAAAAUUCAAAUUCAAAUAGCAAAAUGAUCCAUGGUAUGACCAUCUCCAUGGUAUGACCAUGUUAGACCCAAAUUUAUCACAUAAAAUGUAUAUGUCAUAUCUCACAAUUGAUUGGACUUCCCCAAUUUAGUAUUACUAGGUGGUACCCCAGUGGUCUCUGUUGCUGAAGCAAGAGGAGGAGGAAGUCAGGUGAACGUUACCUGUUCAUCAGAGGGAUGGUCACCACAACCUACACUCACCUGGAGAAACAAAGCGGGGACAGAGAUCAGAAAUGGACAAGAAGUACUCAACACUCCAGGUUAUUGCAGACACUAGUCUGGAUCAUUACUGCAACUAUGUACGGCUGUUUGUGUCUCUCUGUCUGUGAAUAAGUGUGUAUAUCCCCCCCUUGCUCUCUGUUUCAGAUCCUCAGGGCUUGGUGAGUGUGAGUAGUUGGCUGCUGUAUUCUCCCUCAGACUCCGAUUGGCUCUCCUGUACAGUCUCUCUGUCUGAGGAGGUGAAGAAGGAGAGUAGAAUCCUGCCCAGAGCUUCAACGAAGAGUGAGAAUCUCAGAAAUCUUAAUCAGUAUCUCAUCAUUUAAUAUCUUAGUCAACUUAACACAAUAAGUUAAUUAUACCCACAAACCAGUCAACAACAAAAAACUUGGUCCUGUUGUGAAAUGGACCUUGGGCUGAGGGAAGCAGCAAAAAAAGUAUUUACAAGAACCUAUGUCAUUAACUGGAGCUGUUAAAGCGCGAUGGAGAGAGAAACGGAGCCGCUCUAGCAGGGGGAGGGGCUGUGUGUGUGUGUGUGUGUGUGUGUGUGUGUGUGUGUGUGUGUGUGUGUGUGUGUGUGUGUGUGUGUGUGUGAGUAAUGCGGGUCCAGGCAGGGAGAGAAAGAGAGAAACAGCAACCAAGCCGACUCGCACUAGUUAGACUAACUUCUAGCUGCCAUAGAUCCUGGUCAAUGUAGUCUAUCCUUCUCAUUUACCUUUUAAUUCCGUCAUUUUAAUUCCAUAUUCCAUUAAUUAGAUAUGAUCAACAGGUAACUGACACAAUAAAGAACACUUCAGUAAAUGAGGGAUACAAAGUAUAUUGAAAGCAGGUGCUUCCACAUGUGUGAUCCUGAGUUAAUUCAUCCUUAAGAGUUGAUUGACGCAACAUAAUAAAAAAAGACCAAUCAAAAUCUGUCUGUUUAAGAUAGAGAUCGUUUUUUUGUAUUGGCUGCGUCUCAAUCCACUACAUACGCAAAUGCAAUGGAAAGUGGCAAACUAAUACUCUAUGGAAAGAUAAGACUCUCACAAACAUGAUGUUGUUCUCCGUCUUGCUCUACGACUCCCACAAGCUCCACGGGACUCGUCUGAAGGUAACCCGGUAGUGGUUUAAAAAAUGAAUGAAAGUAUGGAAGUAAUAACAUUUUCUCUUUGGACCUGUGUUUGCAAUGUAUCCAAUUUUAGUUUGUGUGGUUGUUGGUUUAGCUUUCUGUAACUUUGUAGCCAGUAUGGUCUGCAUGUGUAUGCGCUUGUUGCAUCAUGAUUGCAUGGUGUCCCAAUAUCUUUUCCAACUGUCCCGUUAUCUGGUUUUAAUGUCCAUUCUAGAAUGCCCUUCUAGCCAAUAAGAAACGGGUAUUCAACAAUGUUGCUUUCUUAUAUAUCCUAGAUAUAGUACAGACAUGUCAAAACCUUAUUCCUUAUGAUAAAUGUUUUUGACUGUCUGUUUUGCCAUUUAUGAAUGUGUUAUUCAAUGCAGUUCUAUGGAAGCAGGUAGCCUAGCGUUUAAGAGCGUUGAGCCAGUAACCGAAAGGUCGCUGGUUCAAAUCCCGAGCCGACAAGGGGAAAAAUCUGUUGAUGUGCCCUUAAACCUAAUUGCUCCCAUAAGUCGCUCUGGAUAAGAGCGUCUGCUAAAUGACUAAAAUGCAAAUGGACUAUAGUAGUAAAUGCCAAAUCCAAUAUUUUAUCAAAUCGUCUUUUUUUUUCAUACCUAAAGGGUCUUAAAAUUCAAAUUCAAAUAGCAAAAUGAUCCAUGGUAUGACCAUCUUCAUGGUAUGACCAUGUUAGAUCUCAGAAAAGAUCAAAUUGUGAACCCGCGACCCAAAUUUAUCACAUAAAAUGUAUAUGUCAUAUCUCACAAUUGAUUGGACUUCCCCAAUUUAGUAUUUUCACUGUGACAGAAUGUUUAUUUUUUUCGUAGAUUUCCGUUUUUCCACAGUUCUAUCUAGCGCUGCAGUGAGUGGGGGGCUGCAUAACCCUGUGGCAUAGCUUUCACUCUAGCUCUCCCUGAGUGAGAGAGGUCUGCACUUUGACAGACAGUCCAACAACGAGUUCGAGGGGUUUAGGAACUUAGACACAUUUUCGAAAUGUGUCAUUAUUCCCCUUUAAGACACUUUGUCGGUGUUUCCUUUAUUUUGGCAAUUACCUGUAUCUCCUAACUUGCUUGCCACACGGGGAGGCUCUUUUACUAUAGUGAUGCUUUUGAUGACUUGUGAUUGGCCGGCAACAACAGCAAGCUUCACGCACCACUUUCGUGAAAAGCAAGACAUUUUCACUCUCUCUCUACGUCACCAGUCGCGUUCGGGUCUGUACAGGUCCUUACGGGCAAAUCGGUUAUAAUUACAAAUACCAGAGACCCAUGACAACUAGGUCCAACCCGACCUUUCGGGUACAGGUGGACUGGUGAAGACUUCUAACAUGUUGUCUCGAGUUACUGUAUCUACCAAAAGACAAGAUCAUAAACUUGGGAAAUAAGACUCACUUCAGAUUUUAAAUACAGAUUUCUUUAAAUGUAAAAUGUUUAAUGGUUUGAUAAAUCCUUGUAUAGGACAUUGGAGUCUUGGAGCCUUCAUCACAACUCUGAUUAUUUUACUGCUAGUCUUUACUGUCAUUGGGCUCUUCAUCUGGAACAAAAAAACAGGUAUGUCAACAAGCUAACACAUAUUCAAUUAAAUGUGAACAGUCUAUGCAGACGGUAUUAAGUGUUGUCUAAUCAUUUAGGGGCAAAUCUUAACUUCCACUUAAGUAAAAUGUUCACUUAGUCAUGCAUAGAUGUCAAUUGGAGACUUUGUGAAAAUUCAACUUAAGUGAAAGUUAGGAUUUGACGCUUUAUAAUAUUAGGUUUGAUGAUAACAUUGAAAAUAUCCCUGAUAUAAUACAAUACAUUUUAACAAAGUAAUAUUGCAUGACCUACCUAUAUUAAUAUUAGUUUCAUUUUAUUUCAGAUAAAACAGAGUCUACUGAGAGGCCAGGUAUUACUUCUAUAUGUUUUACUAUUGUGUGUAUUUCUACACAUUUGAUAACAUGAUUUUAACAUAUUUGGUUUCUUUUUUUUGUAACGUCUUCUUUUAAUAGAAGAAACAGCUCUUUUCGCAGGUACAUUUUGUUUAUUAUUUAAUUAUAUUUUUAUUUAACAUUGCUAAGGUAACUUGACUGAGCAUUUAUUGUGUUUUGUAGUGAAGAUUAUGUUUGUUGAUUAUUUGAUGUAAAAAUUGUGUAUACUGUAUAUCUACAGUACAUUAGCUAAAUAAUAUGUGUCACUUAAUUAGAAAUUAAUUAAAAUACGUUUAGAAUUAAACUCAGUAAGGUGGUGUUCAAAUUAAAUAGAUUUUCUAUUUUCAAAUGGUAUUUCUUACUAUGACACUCUGUUUCUAAUACAUCUCCAGGUGAAGUAGGUAAAAGUCAAGUGCCAAAUGAAGGUACUGUUCCAUUAAAGAGUCUUUAAUUGAAACAAUAACAAAGUGUUCACCCCACCUCUGUUUUCGUUAAAAGCUAAGGCUUGGGCCUGUAUAAAUGUAACCACUCUCAAAUUCAUACACAGAGCUACGGAUGCAAGGACUGACCAUCCAUGAUAUCAAAAUUGUAGUUUUAACCUUGCCUGGAAACCCGACGUUGAGUUGCACUGAAUUGUACUAAGGGCAGAAAUGAGCGUUUGAAUCAGGAACGUUUCCUCUCAUGACCUCUACAAGCCAGAAUGUAGAAUAAAAAUAUAUUUUAACGUACUUUACCACAUUACGGUUGUCCAUGCGGUUGGCCCUUUUGGCAGUAGAAAUGUGAGACAACACAUCCACAGGAAGUAUAAUUACUUUCCAGCUGAAAUAAUAAAUACAAAUAUUAUAUAAAUGUUCUAAAGCAAAAAAUAUACACAAGUAAUACAUUAUCUGAUGAAAUUGCUUUAGAAAAGGAGCACAAGAUAGGGAUGUCCUCUCUCCCCCCUCCUGUUUGCACUGGCAAUUGAACCACUUGCAGAAACAAUUAGACAUGAGUCAGACCCAAAGAUAACAGGUAUCAGUAUUGGUAAACAUGAAUAUAAACUAAACUUAUUUGCAGAUGAUCUCCUGAUAUACCUGACCAAUAUAGAAAACUCAAUGCCCCCCUUGCUAAAAAUAUUUACAGAAUACUCUAAAAUCUUAGGAUAUAAAAUGAAUGUGAAAAAAAAGAAACAGAAUAAUGGCAAAGGGAAAAAAAAAUUACUCAUGAUCUACAGCAAUCCCUUAAGUGGACCACAAAAAAUAUAAAACACUUACUUAAUAAGUGACAACAAACAACAAUGAUAUAAAAAUAACUUUAUUUAUUACUCAAAAAUAUGAGAGCAGAUCUAAUUAAAUGGAAUAAUCUUCCCAUAAAUCUUACAGGUAGAAUUAACCUCUUCAGAAUGGCAUGGCUCCCAAAGUUUGGAUAUUUAUUCUUGGUAAUAUCAAUUACCCCACUGAAGACAUUCUUUAAAAAGUAUACUCGGUCAUAACAGACUUUGUAUGGGCAAAUAAAGCUCAUAGAAUAAAAAAGAAAGAUUAACAUCUUCCUUAGUCUGAGGGAGGUUUUAACCUUCUAGACUUGGAAUUGUAUCAACUCGCCACCCAAGGAUUUUACUUUACAUAUAAUUAAAUGCACUAGAGGAACAAUGGGUACAUAUUGAAGAUAAGCAUGCUCAUCCCCAGAAUCUUUUCCAUGUCUAUUUUCAAAGGAUAAAGCUAAGAACAUUAACAACUUCAUAGUUAAGAACACUAUAACAACAUGUAAGAAAAUGACACAUAUUCUACAAGAACCAAUAUCACUCCCGAAAAACACAACCAUAUGGAUAGCUUUUAAGAAUUCACCGAUAAAUUGGUAUACAUGGAAAACUAAAGGCAUAGAAAUCGUAAAUAACUUAGGAAAUAAAUGUAUUUCCAUGACAGAAUUAGAAAGCCAUUUUUGACUGACCAAUGUAGAUAUUUUCAAAUACAUGCAACUUAAAAGUUUCAUAUCAGAACAUUUUGAUUUGAAAUCUUUUGGACAUCAGAGCAAUCUUGAGGGAAUCCUAUUUGAGUCAGUAAAGGAUAUUCACAAUAUACACUACCGGUCAAAAGUUUUAGAACACCUACUCAUUCAAGGGUUUUUCUUUAUUUUUACUGUUUUCUACAUUGUAGAAUAAUAGUGAAGACAUCAAAACUAUGAAAUAACACAUAUGGAAUCAUGUAGUAACCAAAAAAGUGUUAAACAAAUCUAAAUAUAUUUUAUAUUUGAGAUUCUUCAAAUAGCCACCCUUUGCCUUGACAGCUUUGCACACUCUUGGCAUUCUCUCAACCAGCUUCAUGAGGUAGUCACCUGGAAUGCAUUUCAAUUAACAGGUGUGCCGUCUUAAAAGUUAAUUUGUGGAAUUUCUUUCCUUCUUAAUGCGUUUGAGACAAUCAGUUGUGUUGUGACAAAGUAGGGGGUAUACAGAAGAUAGCCCUAUUUGGUAAAAGACCAAGUCCAUAUUAUGGCAAGAACAGCUCAAAUAAGCAAAGAGAAAUGACAGUCCAUUACUUUAAGACAUGAAGUUCAGUCAAUACGGAACAUUUCAAGAACUUUGAAAGUUUCUUCAAGUGCAGUCGCAAAAACCACCAAGUGCUAUGAUGAAACUGGCUCCCAUGAGGACCACCACUGGAAUGCUGCAGAGGAUAAGUUCAUUAGAGAUACCAGCCUCAGAAAUUGCAGGCCAAAUAAAUGCUUCACAGAGUUCAAGUAACAUGCACAUCUCAACAUCAACUGUUCAGAGGAGUCUGUGUGAAUCAGGCCUUCAUGGUCGAAUUGCUGCAAAGAAACCACUACUAAAGGACACCAAUAAGAAGAAGAGACUUGCUUGGGCCAAGAAACACGAGCAAUGGACAUUAGACCGGUGGAAAUUUGUCCUUUGGUCUGGAGUCCAAAUUGGAGAUUUUUGGUUCCAACCGCCGUGUCUCUGUGAGACGCGGUGUGGGUGAACGGAUGAUCUCUGCAUGUGUAUUUCCCACCGUAAAUCAUGGAGGAGGAGGUGUUAUGGUGUGGUGACACUGUCUGUGAUUUAUUUGGAAUUCAAGGCACACUUAACCAGCAUGGCUACCACAGCAUUCUGCAGCGAUACGCCAUCCCAUCUGGUUUGGGCUUAGUGGGACUAUCAUAUGUUUUUCAACAGGACAAUGACCCAACACACCUCCAGGCUGUGUAAGGGCUAUUUGACCAAGAAGGAGAGUGAUGAAGUGCUGCAUCAGAUGACCUGGCCUCCACAAUCCCCCGACCUCAACCCAAUUGAGAUGGUUUGGGAUGAGUCGAUCCGCAGAGUGAAGGAAAAGCAGCCAACAAGUGCUUAGCAUAUGCGGGAACUCCUUCAAGACUGUUGUAAAAGCAUUCCAGGUGAAGCUGGUUAAGAGAAUGCCAAGAGUGUGCAAAGCUGUCAUCAAGGCAAAGGGUGGCUAUUUGAAGAAUCUCUAAAAUGUGUUUAACACUUUUUUGGUUACUACAUGAUUCCAUAUGUGUUAUUUCAUAGUUUUGAUGUCUUCACUAUUAUUCUACAAUGUAGAAAAUUGUAAAAAAUAAAGAAAAACCCUUGAAUGAGUAGGUGUUCUAAAACUUUUGACCGGUACUGUAGGUAAGAUAUACAAUACCUUGCAGAAAGCCUUUCCAACUGACAAUCUCUUAGAAAAAAAAUAUAGACUAUUGGAACCAAGAUUGAAAAAUAACUGAUAUUGGCACACGAUGGAGAGAAUGUUGGAACACAACUAACAAAAUUACAGUUAAAACUGUACGCUUAAUCCAGUAUAAACUAUAUUGUUUAUUAUAGAAGAGACAAAAUUCACAAAUUUACAGCACAUUGGCAGAGUCAUGUAAAACUAACAAUGACUCAAUAAUCCAUGCCUUCUGGGAAUGCUAUAAAGUCCAAAAGGUAUGGGCGUAGUUAGAAAGUUGGCUGUCUGAAGUAUUACAAUGUAAAUGUACUUUUAAUCCGUCUGUCUGCAUAUUUCAAGACAUGGCAUAUGAGUGCAGUGAGAUACCCGAAGGUUGGACGAUACUUUUGUCAUCAAUUAUCUUGAAAAAAACGGAUACUUAAAAACUGGAAAUUAACCAAUCCUCCAUCAUUAACACAAUGGAAAGGUCAGAUGUUUUAUUAACUAAAUGUUGAAAGUGCGUGGGCGACGGAGAGUAACAAAAUGGUGCAGUUUGAGGCCAUGUGUUGGAAAGUGAUGUGGGCUCUGGAGAUGGGGGUUUGACCAGGUGGGUCUGAGCAGGUGUUAUGUCAUUGAUGUUUUAUGUGCAUUUGUAUGCUGACGUUUGUAUGUGUAUGUUUUGUAUUGUUUAAAAAAAAAAUAGGAAAGUAUAAUUACAUCAACUUUUCAAAGCGCUGGUAGUGCUUUCAGAUUUCUAUCACCUGAAGCAUGCGCAGAACCAUGUAAACACGUGCACGAGCUCGGCAAGUAUGCAUGCGUCUCGUGCAUGUAUUUUUAUCUUGUGCGUAUGCUUCAGGUGAAAGAAAUCUGAAAGCACUACCAGCGCUUUGAAAAGUUGAUGUAAUUAUAGUUUCCUGUGGAUAUAUUGUCUCAAAUUCCUACCGCCAAAAGGACCAACCGCACGGACCACCGGUAAAGUACGUUUAAAUAUACAUUUAUUCAACAUUCUGGCUUGUAGAGGUCAUGAGAGGAAACUUUCCUGAUUCAAACGCUCAUUUCUGCCCGAAGCAGAAUUCAAUGGAAUUCAACGUCUGGUUUCCAGGGAAGUUUUAACCGUGUUUUGAGGCUAUACAGUGUUUGUUUACAUUUACAUUGUUUAAAAACAUUGGAGUAAAUCUUAUAUUUUGGGCUCUGAUGUGGUAAGACAGUUGAACUAAGUUCAUGAGGCAUUUAUAAGUUAUAGUCCCACGGGGGGCCAGUAUAAAAAAAAUAUAUAUAUGUAUUCACUAACUGUAAGUCGCUCUGGAUAAGAGCGUCUGCUAAAUGACAAAAAAUGUAAAAUGUAAUAGUCUUCGAGAAUCAAUAGUACAUAUCAUUCAUUUAUAAGUCAAAAAAUGAAUGUAGCGGCUAAGGAUUUAACUCAAUGAGUAAUGUAUCAUGCAUCGAUCAUAUAGAUCGAUCAAUAUGGUUUAUUUAUAUUACGUAUCAAUAAUAAACUAUGUCAAUAAUCAUAUGUUUUACUCAUGCAGAAUGUGGUAUGCAAACUGCCAAGGAAACAACUACACAGAAAGAUGUAAAUGUACCAAAAGGUAAAUUUAUAUUGACAUACCUUUUCAUUAUUGAAUGUUUUUUUUCUAGGUUUUUAGAACUUAUUCACCCCACAAGCACAGUCAUUCAGGGUUAUUAGCAUUUAUUGAACACCCAUAAGACGAAAAGGAACCCAAUGUCUAUUUUCAGUUGAUAAGAUUAGUGGAUAAAUAUUUAUCUGAUUUGAUUUGUUCAUUUACAGCAUGGGGCGAAGUGAAAAGAUUCAAAGGUAGGACACAUGAUCAAAGAACUAACAUAAUAUCAUUACAUGGCUGUACCUUCAUCAAGUUACAUCCAUAUCAGCAAACCAUGUGAGUGAAUGAAUUCACCAAAUCUUAUUCUCUUUUUUUAGUGGAAAUCACUCUGGACCCAAAGUCUGCUCACCCUAACCUAGACGUGUAUGCAAGUAAAAGGAAGGUUUUUUAUAAGAAGUCAAAAGUAACUGAUGUUCCCAUGGCUCUUCAUGUCUUUAGUGAGGACAUAUUCCGCUCCGGACAGUUAUACUGGGAAGUGAGGGUGAGGGAAGAUAAUAUUUUUAACAAAGAGAAACAGUUAUGGUAUGUUGGUGUAGCCACAUACGAAGCCACUCAGUCAAGGGCUGUUGUCCCCUUAACCCCUGAGAACGGUUUCUGGGUUUUUACAUAUGAAAAAGGAAAAGGUUAUUAUGUCCCUGAUGACCCUCAAAUGCCAGUAUCUGGAAAUGAAAGUCCUUUCAUAUUCUUAGACCUACCAGAAUCUGGAGAAAAAAUUCUUACAACACUGGGAGUGUUCUUAGAUUGUGACCGACAGAUGCUUUCCUUUUAUGAUGCUGAAUCAAAGGCACAUCUCCACAGUUUUUUAACGUUGUGUCGUCUAGCACAUUCU